CUUAGCGUUCUUAUUGUCGCCGUCGGUCGUGCGCGAGGAAAAAAAACUAACGGUUCGGUGUCUGCUAAGUGCCUGAAUGUUGAUGGUUGCGAACACUCGGCUGCGAGUGACGACAAGUUGCCACUGUCGCCGCAGCGUUCGGUUUCCCGCGGAUAAGCUUGUCCUGCUUAGCUGUGUAACUGUGACGCGUGUGACGCGUGGAGGCCGUGGAGGGUAAGAGCGAGCAACUUCGGCGAGAGGGGAAAGUGUUCGCGAACGGGCGAAGCGAACGAACGAACGAACGAACGAACGAGCAAGCGAGCGAACAAACCUCGCAAACGAUCGAACGAUAAACAAUCGGACGGACGGACAGACGGGCGAGCGAGCGAGCGGGCGAGCGAGCCAACGAGCGAAAAGUAGCGAAAAGUGAAAGUGUGCGUUCGUCGCGACGACGGUGCGUCCGUAGCAGCGCCAAGCAGCGCGUGCGAACAUGAGCGAGGAAAGUAAUCCACGUACGCUGUACGUGGGCAACCUGGAUACCUCGGUAUCCGAAGACCUUUUGUGUGCACUCUUUUCACAAAUCGGCGCCGUGAAGGGAUGCAAGAUUAUCCGAGAACCCGGCAACGAUCCGUAUGCCUUCGUUGAGUUUACGAACCAUCAGUGCGCGGCCACGGCGCUGGCCGCCAUGAACAAGCGCUCGUUCCUCGACAAGGAGAUGAAGGUUAACUGGGCGACCAGUCCAGGCAAUCAGCCGAAACUCGACACCAGCAAUCAUCAUCACAUAUUUGUCGGCGAUCUCUCGCCGGAAAUCGAGACACAGACGCUCAAGGAGGCAUUCGCGCCCUUCGGCGAGAUCAGCAACUGCAGGAUCGUCCGCGACCCGCAAACGCUUAAGAGCAAGGGUUACGCGUUCGUCUCGUUUGUUAAAAAGUCCGAGGCCGAAGCGGCUAUCAAUGCGAUGAACGGCCAGUGGCUCGGUUCACGUAGCAUCAGGACCAACUGGUCCACUAGGAAACCGCCGCCACCGAGGUCUGAGAGGCCGCGGCAUUCCAACAAUAGUAAACCCAACUACGAGGAGGUAUAUAACCAAAGUAGUCCGACCAAUUGUACCGUAUAUUGUGGAGGUUUUACGAACGGUAUCACGGACGAGCUGAUAAAGAAAACCUUUUCUCCCUUUGGUACCAUUCAAGACAUAAGAGUGUUCAAAGACAAGGGAUAUGCUUUUAUCAAAUUCACAACCAAGGAAGCUGCGACACAUGCCAUUGAAACGACACAUAAUACAGAAAUCAACGGUAGCAUUGUUAAAUGUUUUUGGGGAAAAGAAAAUGGUGAUCCGAAUAGUGUGGGUCCCAAUGCAAAUCAUCAAGCUCAACAGGUGACAGCAGGAGCAGGACAAUAUGCGUAUGGUUAUGGUCAACAGAUGAGUUAUUGGUAUCCACAGAGCUAUCCGCAAAUGCAGGGUCAGUUCUUGCAACCUGCGCAAUACUAUGGUCAAUAUUAUGGACAACAGGCUCAGUAUAUGAACAGCAUGAGGAUGCCCACUCCAGGCGCAGGAGCUUGGCAACCAACGCAAGCCACCGCGGCACCGCCGACAGCGAGUGCGCCCUUGCCUCCAGGCCAACAGCCCACUAUGGUAACAUAUACCAUGCCACAUCAGUACCCUACGCAAUGAAACUGAUCAUUGACCGGCUAAUUGUUACGUACGAUAUAGUUGUCCCGGGGUUAUCGCGAAAAUCGUUCUGACAUAUACCUAUUUCAACAUUAUUUCAACGCUCGAAUUUUCGAUGAUGUAACUAAUCAUUUCCACGAUUAAUGCAAUUUUAUUUAAACCAAUUUUUUAAAAUAGAAAUAGAAAAAGUAGAAUAUGAUAUGCUGGCGGUUUUUUCUCUCUCCUUUCUAUAUUUCUGCACACAAUCACGAUUUGUUCGACGCUGAAGACGUUACAAUUUUCUUUUCUGUCAUAGACACACAUGACGUAUAUUGAGACACAAGUAAUGACGGUGACUUGCGAUGAUGCUCGUACGACGCGUGUCAUGGUAUUAGAAUUUGAUUGAAUUUCACGACUUAGGCUUCGAAUAUAUACACAUACACACAUAUAUAUUCGAAAAAAAAAAAAUAUAUAUAUAUACCCAACGUUGAACCAGGUAUAUCUCCAAACUUUUCCUCGCGGCCCCUGACACUCAACCGAGCCCCGCAUCCGUUGUGCUGCGCAAGUGACGUACGUAUGCGGCAAUUCUUUGCGUUGUUGUUGAUACCUUUUUAACAUUUUUGCCACUGACAUCUCCCUCUUCAAUUAUCGAAUUGUCGAUAAGCAACGCGCGCGAGAAAUGUUCAUUUGAGAUAAAUAAGAAGAGUAUUGCUAAUAUUGGACAUAGUUAGUAAGGUAGAAGAGCGGUUAGCUAGACACGGCGCCUGUGAUGUAGCUAGACUUUUGGACGCGUGUAUGCUAAGGUGCGGGGCUCCCUAACAAAUAAAUUCUGCGAGAGUUGAGUAACGAGUUACAACUUUAUCUCGUUAUGUGAUAUUUAUCGUCGGUGGUUAAUGUAUAAAAUUUUGCUAUAAUCUUCAAAGAAGAAUAAUAAAAGGAAGAAAGAAAAAGUGUGCAUGUACGUGUGUGAAUGAGUGAUGCGUGUGUGUGAGAGAAAGAGAGAGAGAGAGAGAGAGAGAGAGAGAGAGAGAGAGAGAGAGAAAGUAUGAAUGUUUUUUGCUAAAGACAUCAGUGAAUCGAGAUUCCCUUGUACGAGUGCAAGCUCAAAUACAUUAAUUGCU